AAAGUACCCACGCAGCCAAAUUUCCCUCAGUUUGCCUCACAAGAAACAGAAUCACAUCAGACUCUCUCUCUCGCUCGCUCGCUCUCUCGCUCAUACAGAUGUAUUAAUUCUCAUUGUACAUGGCAUCAAAACGUGCACCAUCAGAUUCAAAAUCACAGAUGAAACAAGCAGCAUCACAAGGCAGAACAUGUCUGUGCUCCCCCACCACACAUCCUGGAUCAUUCAGAUGUAGCCUCCACAGGAAUUAUCAAAGGGUGCCAAGUAGAAGAUCAUCAUCAUCAUCAUCAUCAAACAACUGGGAAUUGGCUGUGAUUGCUAAAGCUAACUCCUUGAAGGCCUUUCUUCUUCAGAUCAUCAAGCCUUCAAGCCAUGAUCUUCAACGGAGGAGGAAUUUUCGUCCCAGGCCUUCCAGGUUUUGCUUAAUGAACGCCAAUAGAGAUGGAUUUGCUGUUUCUUGAUCUUAAUUAGAAUUUCUUUUUUUUUUUUCAAUUCAAGAAUAUUUGGGGCUUUUUUUUCUUCUCCUUUAAUCUUGAAUAUUAGAAGAGCAGUAUGUAGAAAUGAGAGGGAUCUAUAUAUGUACAUAUAAUUAUUAUUUUCUUAUUGCAUAUGAGGAUAGAAAUUAAAUUUAAAAUUAGUUAUUACCA